AUGGCGAAGAGAAAGUGUCGCGUGAAACUUGGGCCUUCAAUGAUGUGGAUGAGGUCGUUUGCGCAAGCGACGGCGGAGCGCGGGCGGGCGCUCCCGGCGCAGGCGCGCCUGCUGCGAGCCGUCCCGCCGCCGUCGCCGCUGCUGCUGGCGCUGCUGCUCCUAGUGGGCGGCGCAUGGGGCGCGGACCUGGUGAUCGAGAUCCCGGGCUCCGGCGCCGGCGCAGCUGACCCGGGCGGGGAGUACCGGCUGGAUUACCGGCCACCACAUGGCUCACCGGCACCCAACUUCACCGUUCCGGCCCGGGCCUCCACCAUCAACUUCCAGGGGCUCCCGGGCACCAAAUACCACUUCAUGCUUUACUACUCCAAUGCUACCUUCGCUGAUCUGCUUACUUGGAAUCAAACUAUUAUUACUGCGCCUGAGCCGCCGACGAACCUGACGGUGUCGCUGUCGCGCAACAAGCAGGCUACCAUCGCCUGGGCGCCGCCCUCGCACGGAGAAUACACCGGCUUCCGCUUCAAGGUGAUUCCUCUGACGGAGCGUGCGGAGGGCGGAGCCCGCAACAUCACCGUGGAGGCGCCGGAGACGCCGGGCGCCGGCUGGACGCACACGCUCAAGGAGCUGUCCCCCGGCGCCACCUACCAGCUCCACGCCUUCACGCUGCUCCAUGACAAGGAGAGCGCGGCGUACGCCAGCAGGAACUUCACAACUAAGCCUAACACGCCGGGCAAGUUCAUCGUGUGGUUCCGCAAUGAGACCACGCUGCUAGUGCUAUGGCAGCCACCCUACCCGCCCGGCGCCUACACACACUAUAAGGUUUCAAUCGUACCACCCGACGCGCGUGAGUCCGAACUGUACGUAGAGAAAGAAGGCGAGCCGCCGGGGCCUGCGCAGGCCGCCUUCAAGGGCCUGGUGCCGGGCCGGCCGUACAACAUCUCCGUGCAGACCGUGUCCGAGCCGGAGAUUAGCGCGCCCACCACCGCGCAGUACCGCACCGUGCCGCUGCGGCCGCGCGACGUGCAGAUACCCGCAAGAUACGUCACGCCCACCAAGUUCAGGGUCACCUGGCUGCCGCCCAAGGAGGAGAGCGAGUUCGAGAAGUACCAAGUGUCGGUGUCGGGCGGAGGCGCGGCGCGGCGGCUGGCGCCGGUGCUGCGCGCGCGCAACGAGACGCCGGCCGUCAGCUUCGAGGGGCUGGAGCCCGGCGCGCACUACACCGUCACCGUCAAGACCAUGUCCGGCAAGGUCACCUCCUGGCCCGCGCCCUCGGAGAUCACGCUCAAACCUCUGCCGGUUCAGGACCUGCAGUGGCGCUACCAAAACGAGACCGACGGUGGCGGCAUCCUCGUGUGGUGGACGCCCGCCGAGGGCAGCACACAAGAUGAAUACAAGGUGUCGUACCACGAGGCCCACGGGUCCGGCGACAGCAGCACGCAGACGACGCCGGCCACCAACAUAACACUGGACACGGCGCAGCUGCUGCCGGGCCGCAACUACACGGUCGCCGUCACCGCCGUGUCGCGUGGCGUCGACAGCGCCGAGACCACCUUCAGCGCCGCCACGCGACCGCUGGCGCCCGUGGUGCGCACCUGGGGCGGAGCGGCGCGGCAGCUGUCGCUCGCUUGGAGCUCCGACGUCAACUCGCGACAGGACCACUACGAGCUGCGGCACCGCCGCCGGCCCGAGCCCGGCGCGGACAUGGACGACCCCGAGUACACCUUUAAGACGAUCACGACAACGGAUACUAACGCAACGUUGUCCGGACUGUUCCCGGGCGCCGUGUACGAGGUGACGGUGGCGGCCGUCAGCCACGGGCUACGUAGCGAGCGGCACACCGUCUUCAAACCUGUUCGGCCUCUGCCUCCAACGUGGAUGGGCGUGGAGCGAGCCACGUCCAACUCCGUGGUGGUCCGCUGGCGCGGCCCCGGGCCUGGCUCCAAGCUCGGCGCCUUCCUGCUGCAGUACCGCACGCACUCCGAGCAGAAGUGGACCAAGCUGCCGCCGCUACAGCCCGACAUCAACGAGGCUGAGGUUGUGGACAUGACUCACGGCGAGCGUUACACGAUCCAACUGGACACGCUGAGCGAGGCGGUGGCGGGCGACAGUGUGGACAGUGGCGAGCCGCGGGAGGCCGACCACACCGUCCGCCCCAACCCGGUGUCGAACGUGGCUGCCCUGGUGGACACUCGCAACAUGACGCUGGAGUGGCCGGUGCCCGCGGGCCGCGUGGAGCGCUACGGGCUCCGCUGGUGGCCGCGCCCCGACGAGGUCCCCGACGCGGUGCCAGCCGCGCGGAACUUGACGGCCGAGCCGGGCGUGAAGACUGUUAGAGCCCUGCUCGACGCCCUGGAACCGGGCGUGGGCUACACGUUGACCGUCCACGCCGUGUCUUAUAACCUGACCAGUGAUCUCUUCACUAUGGAGACAAGGACCCGCCCGUUGAUCCAGUCGGAGAUGACGAUCGUGAACGAGCCGGAGGCCGAGGUCGGCAACGACACGCUGCCCGCCAUCAGAGUAUUAUACACACUGACGCCGGCGACGGCUUCCCGCUUCGACUCGUACCGGUUCCGGCUGGAGGGCGGGCCCGGCGAGGCGCAGGAGCAGACGCGCGCCGCCGCCGCGCCCGCCGCGCGCGUCGAGUUCGCGCGCCUCGUGCCCGGCCGGCUCUACAACGUCACCAUGUGGACCGUGUCCGGGAACGUGACGUCACACCCCGUGCAGCGCCCGACGCGUCUGUACCCUCGUCCGGUGGCGUACCUGAAGCAGCUGGCGGUGGGCGCGCGCAACGUGACGCUGACGUGGCCGGAGCCCCCCGGCGACUACACGGACUUCGAGCUGCAGUACCUCACCGCCGAGGACACGCUGGAGGCGCGCUCCACCACCGGCACCGAGUACACCGUGCAGGGUCUGCAGCCGCACACCAACUACGUGUUCACCAUCGAGGUGCGGUCGGGCACGCCAGCCACGCUGAUGACGCGCUCGGCGGGGCUGUCGGUGCAGCUAGCCACGCGGCAGGCGCCGCCGCCCGCGCCGCGCGCCUUCCACCCCACCGACGCCAAGCCCAACCAGCUCACCUUCUCCUGGGACCUGCCCGCCAACCAGGCCAAUGGCGUGCUGGAGAAGUUCGUCAUCGAGUACGCCCCGCAGAACCAGCCGGAGAAGAACACUACUAUUACGUUCCCCCCUGAAGCGCGGUCGGGCGUGGUGGCGGGGCUGACGCCGGGCGGCACGUACAGCUUCCGGCUGUGGGCGGCCACGGGCGCGGGCUUGGGCCCGGCGGCGCGCUGGACGCAGCACCUCGCCAUCGCCGCGCCGCCGCGCCCCGCGCCGCACGCGCUGCCCGCCGCCGUGCGCGCCACGCCCACCACCGUCUCCGUGCGCUUCCGCAACGACUUCUUCAGCUCGGCCAACGGCAACGUGUCGGCGUACGCGCUGGUGGUCGCGCAGGAGCCGCGCAACGACUCCAGCGACCGCCUGCCCUCGUGGCGCGACGUGCACGGCCUGCCCGUGUGGCCGCCCUACCAGGUGACGGAGCCCUACUUCCCGUUCCACCACAGCUCGGUGGAGGAGUACACGAUCGGAUCGGAGCGGUGCGAGUCGAGCGGGCGCGCGUACUGCAACGGGCCGCUGCGGCCCGGCGCCGCCUACUACGUGAAGCUGCGCGCCUACACCGCGCCCGACAAGUUCACCGACACCGCCUACGCCGUCGUCUACACCGAGGUGGACAACACGGCGUGGAUCAUCGGCGUGUGCGCGGGCGCGGCGUGCGUGGCGGCGGCGGGCGCGGCGUGGGCGGCGCUGCGCCGGCGCCGGCCGCGCGCCGCGCCCGCGCAGGCCGCGCCACAGCCGCGCACCUCCCGCCCCGUGCCCGUCGCUGACUUCGUCGACCAUUACCGGCUCAUGUCUGCCGAUUCCGACUUUAGGUUCAGCGAGGAGUUUGAAGAGCUGAAGCACGUGGGGCGCGAGCAGCCGUGCACGGCGGCCGACCUGCCGGUGAACCGGCCCAAGAACCGGUUCACCAACAUCCUGCCCUACGACCACUCGCGCUACAAGCUGCAGCCCGUCGACGACGAGGAGGGCUCCGACUACAUCAAUGCCAACUACGUGCCGGGUCAUUCAAGCCCGCGCGAGUUCAUAGUGACGCAGGGCCCGCUGCACUGCACGCGCGACGACUUCUGGCGCAUGGUGUGGGAGUCGGGCUCGCGCGCCAUCGUCAUGCUGACCAGAUGUGUGGAGAAGGGCCGCGAGAAAUGCGACCGCUACUGGCCGUACGACACCCGGCCGGUGUACUACGGCGACAUCGCCGUGACCGCGCUCAACGAGUCGCGCUUCCCCGACUGGACGAUCACUGAGCUGCUGGCCUCGCGCGGCGCCGAGCAGCGCGUCGUCAAGCACUUCCACUUCACCACGUGGCCUGACUUCGGCGUGCCCGACCCGCCCACCACGCUCGCCAGGUUCGUGCGGGCGUUCCGCGAGCGAUGUCCGCCGGACGCGCGGCCGGUGGUGGUGCACUGCUCGGCCGGCGUGGGCCGCUCGGGCACGUUCAUCACGCUGGACCGCGCGCUGCAGCAGCUGGCCGCGCGCGCCGACACGCUCGACAUCUUCGGCAUGGUCUACGCCAUGCGCCGCGAGCGCGUCUGGAUGGUGCAGACGGAGCAGCAGUACAUCUGCAUCCACCAGUGCGUGGUGGCGGCGCUGGAGGGCGCGGACCUGCAGCCGCCGCUCGGCCUCAACCAUCACAUGCACCACAACCAGGCCUUCGAAGACGACGAGGGCAUCGCAGAGUCCGGCAUGUGAGGCGUCGCACUUAACUUAUAUACAUUCUCAAGUUAUAGUUAUAUAUAAGUCGCAGCUGUCUAGCGUUAAGUUUUGUAUUCAUAUAUUUUUAUAUACGUCGUUCACGGAAUGAAAAGGACCAAUUUUUAAAUGUUUUGUAUUUGUAUAUAAGUAACUAGGAGUGUACAGUCAGUAGCAGAACUAAGCGAGCUGGGUGUUCAAAAUAUUAGCAAAACUACUCUCUCUUUCCCUCUCUUCUCUUAACAAAAUUUACGUGUACAGAUAAUUUUGAUCACCUGGCCCACUUAGCUACUGCUGAAGAUCGGUUUUCCUAGGACAGCGGUGCCGUCAUAUAGCGGCCGUCUCUAAAUAAUACGGCUAAAUACGGAUAUCGUAGUAUUUGUAUGGACGGCCGCUAUAUGACGGCACCGCUAUCCUAGGAAACCAGAGCUUUAGUCCGCAUUGUGUCUAUGUACCUUGAUGAAAUCAUGUUGAAUCUAGAUUAUUUUAAAAUAUUGACUUUUAGAUGUUAUUUAUUUUAUAUUAAAACGACAACGGCAUCUCAAAUGUGUACUUAAAUAGAAAUAUAAUCGUCUGCUCAGCGAUGUUUCUCAAAGGAAUAUCCGUAGUUGUUUAAGUCUAGUUGCAUAUACUUUUAUUAAAUUUGAAGGGUACACGAAAAGAACAUGUCUAGUCAAAAUUUUUGAAAAAUGAGAAUUUAAUUUCAAUAUAGUUAUCAAUGAACUAUUACUCGUAGCUACAGCUUCUGUUAUGUACAUCUGUAAUCAUAAAUUUAUAACUCCUUUUUUCUCACUUUAAAAACAGCUAUACACAAUAUAAACGCAUAAGCAUAAACCGAAAAACGCAUUUACCGAUUUUCAACACCGAAGUGAUCCCAUAAGAGAGCGCGAACCGUUUUGUGCGGAACUCUAAAAAUAAUAUGUUUAAUUAUGUUACAUAAUUUGUGUACCCAGUGGCGUAGCAUGGGUGGCACCCGGUGCGGAAAUUGUGGGUGUCACCCCAAAAUUCAAUCAAAAUUGUAAAAUAUAUUUAAAAAGAGUAAUUGUAAUUUUUGUUAAAUAGCUCGGGAUUUACUCCAUCGCUUUCAUUUUACGAUUUUUUAUAGGUGGCACUACUGUUCACGGUCGGGUGUCACCCCUAAACGGGUGACACCCGGGGCGGACCGCCCCCGCCGCCCCCCCCCCCCCCCUAGCUACGCCACUGUGUGUACCUACAUCCUUUCAAACCGCGAUAACUCAAAAUAUUGCCUGCAGAGCGUCUAGACAUGUUCUGUCCGCGUAUCAUUCAUUCCAUGCUGCAUUAAAAGGAACGUGUGUGCAACUAUAGGGGUACCACUAAACUAACUCAGGCGGUUAGUAAAGAAGCAGGGCUAUGACCGCGAAAAUCGAAGUUCGUAAAUUGCGGGGAUUUUUCUCUGUCGCUCUAAUUACGCCUUCAUUGGAGUAAAAGAGAAAGAUCCUCGUAAUUUGCGAAUAUCGGUUUUCGCGGUAGCCGCUCUGCGCGGUGAUUUUCUAGUAGAUGAUGAUGAUGAUGUUAGCUGAAUUUUGGGACUAAAACGAGUUAAUCGAGCGUUAGCGAUGCCAAGCGAUACAUUUAUUCAGUUACUUAAGGCCUGUGUGUGCGUGUGCGUGACGUGCACGUGCGCGUGCGGCGUUGUAGUAUACAGAUCCUUAUGAGAGAUGGCACACCGCUUGCGUGACGUGUGCCUGUGCUGCUCCAACAUUUUAGCGCACGCACACGCGCACGUCACGCACACGCAAGCCGGUGUGGCUCGGCCUUUAAAUAAUGCUCGCGAGGCCUACAGCGCCUAGUUUAUAAGGUCUUACAUCUAAUACAAAUCAGCUUUAUGCACCUAAGUGGGAUUCCCACUAGUUACCACCAAGUUGUUACCAGUGGUAACUACUGGUAAUUAUUUUCCCACAUUUUAACCCUGGUAACUAAUUGGGAAAAUAUCCCACCUUUUUCCAGUGAUAACUAAUGGGAAAAAAAUUCUCAGUAGUUACCAUCAAACCGAGUAGGUGGUAACUACUUUGAAUUAUUUUUCCCAGUAGUUAGGGCUCGUGCACAAAUCACGCGAGGUUCGAUGGGGGGAGCGGGUCACGAAAAACUCACGAUAGAUCACGUUGGGGAGGGGGGUAUAAGGAAACCUCACGUGUAUUUUUCUACAGUAAACGAAACUAAGAAAAAAAAACCAACCACAUGAGUAAAUACGUUUUCUCUGUUUCGUUAAACAUAAAUCUUCACUCUGCACUUCAAAAUAGCGAGUGUAUUUAACGAAAAUAGAAAAAUAAACAAUAUUUUCUAAAUACAACACUAUUUAUCUUAAAAUUAGGUCGAAUGAAAAAAAAUAAAAAAAAUACACGUGAGGUUCCUUGGGCGAGGGGGGUUAGCCAAAAACCUCACCAAAUAUCACCAAGGGGGAGGGGGGGUCAAAAAGUAGCCAAAAAUACCUCGCGUGAUUUGUGCACAACCCCUUACUAGUGGUAAAAGGUGGGAAAGAAAUUCCAGUAGUUACAACUGGUAACAACUUGGUGGUAACCAGUGGGAAUAACCAACCACGUCUUCAAUCAGUCCAUAGCUCACCGUAAUAAUUCUUACCAACCGCCUCAGUUAAAUGGUAGAGCUAUAGAUGGUCAAGUAAAUCUUGUCAGUAGACAAAGGCGCGAAAUUCAAAUUUUCUUUGAGAGGAUAUCCCAUCGCGCCUACAUUUUUCAAAUUUGCCGUCUUUUUCUGCUGUCAAGAUUUGCCUGACCAACUGUAUUUUGCAGCAUAUGCAGCAGUAGCUGACGCGUGGAGACCGUCCAUUAUAUUAUAUUGUAACAUUAUUGAAUUAACUACUAAUCAUUCGGAGCGUUCGGAACGCUCAGUUCUGUGUCUAACAUGGUUCUGACUAACGUUGCUUUAGGUACAAUUAACUUACAAUAAGCACUUGUGUAAUAAAUACACGUAUUUUUGUACUUA